AUGUCUGUACCAAGAUUCCAAAAAAUAAACUUUGGGGCACAGGAUAAUUAUAUUCCAGUCAGUGAAUUAAGCAAAAAAUCAUGGAAUCAGCAACACUUUGCCCUGGCAUUUCCCAAACCACCGCGGCCAGGAAGAAAACAAAGAUCAAGACCCUCCCAAUUACGAGAUAAUACAGUUCUUAAAUAUGAUGAAAACAAAAUAAAGGGAAGUUCUAAACGACCAUUAUGGAUGCACCGUUCUUUAAUGCAAAUUUCUGAAAGUCCAUCUGUUUAUUUAGCGGCCAGGAGAAAGCCAACAAAUGUAGAGAAACCUUUAUCUACAGCGAUAGGUAAAACAGUUAAAGAAAGCAAAGAUCAAUUUGAUUCAGAAACAGAAUCCACCAUUUCACUGGAAUCAAAAUCAAUUAAGAAAGAUUCAAAAAUAAAAACAAAAGACAGAGCAAAAUCAGUUGACAAAAAAGAUGAGAAAGGCUUAAAGAAGGACAAGGAGUUGGAAUCAGAAGACGAAAAGGAAGACAAAAAGAAAGAUAAGAAAGGUUCAAAGAAGGGCAAGGAGUCAGGUACAGAAUCAGAAGAGGAAAAGGGAGACAAAAAGAAAGAUAAGAAAGGUUCAAAGAAGGGCAAGGGGUCAGGUACAGAAUCAGAAGAGGAAAAGGGAGACAAAAAGAAAGAUAAGAAAGGUUCAAAGAAGGACAAGGACAAAGGGGCAGCUGCAGAAUCCGAAGAGGAAAAGGGAGACACAAAGAAAGAUGAGAAAAAAGAUAAGAAAGGUUCAAAGAAGGACAAGGACAAAGGGGCAGCUGCAGAAUCUGAAGAGGAAAAGGGAGACACAAAGAAAGAUAAAAAAAAAGAUAAGAAAGGUUCAAAGAAGGACAAGGACAAAGGGGCAGCUGCAGAAUCUGAAGAGGAAAAGGGAGACACAAAGAAAGAUCAGAAAAAAGAUAAGAAGGGAUUAAAGAAGGACAAGGACAAAGGGGCAGCUGCAGAAACAGAAGAGGAAACGGGAGACACAAAGAAAGAUAAAAAAAAAGAUAAGAAAGGUUCAAAGGACAAAGGAGCAGCUGCAGAAUCAGAGGAAGAAAAAGGAGAAACAAAGAAAAGUUCCCCAAAAGACAAAGGCUCAAAGGACAAGGAGUUAGCUGCAGAAUCUGGAGACAAAAAAAAGGAUGCAAAGAAGGAUAAGGAAGGAAAAAAGAAACCCAAUGAAAAAGGUGAUGAAUCAAAGGACAAGAAAGACGCCAAGAAAGAUGCUAAGAAAUCUCCCAAGUCAGACACUGACCUAGAAUCUGCUGAUGCAAAGAAAGAUGCAAAGAAAGAUGCAAAGAAGGAUAAAAAGAAAGGCAAGUAG